AUGCCAAAAUUUAAUAUGGCAUUGUUAAUGACAGGUGUACACUUCAUCUUGUCACUGUUAUUGUUCAUUUCAAGUAUCAUCAUCUUUACCAAUGCAAUACAUUUUAAUGGUAUUCUUGUCAUGUUGAUGAGUAUAUGGAUGAUAGCAGCAGCACUACAUGGAUAUAAAUAUUAUGAUCAAUAUUACUUUUUCUAUACAUACUCUGGAAGAGGUAUUCUAUAUGGAUUAAUUGGAUUAUUAGUAUGGGGAAGUAAUGAAAACAGUUAUUUCACAACGAUUGUUAGUUUAUUAUUCUUUUUAUUUGCCAUUGCCAGUGUUGGAUUGGGAGCAUUUUCACAACAAUCUCCACCAACACCAAUAUUUGGUGAAUUCAUUCCACAUGGAGACAAGGCUCAACCACUCUCUCAACAAGAUGCCGAUGAUUCAAAUAAUUCUUCAAAUCCUGCUUUUACACUCUAG